AUGAAGGCUUUCGCUACACUUGCAACGACUCUUGCUACAUCCGCACUCGCAGCAGCAUCGCCCUCGCCGGUCGCUUCAGGCGGUCUUGCAUCAUGUUCGGGCGGCAAUACGACGGUAACACUGCGCGACUUCAACACCAAACAGGUCGUCUUUCGGUCAGCUUGGCGUAUCCGCUUACCAAGAGCAGGCUACCGGUCAAGUCUGCUUGCUCUGCGCUCGACCAUGACCGAUGGCCGAUUUGCCUACCGUUCCAAUGAACCGGUCAAAGGCUUCUCCACCAACCAAUUCCAAGUCAGCGGCGUCGGUAGGGGCGGCAAGACCUUUGGCUUCUCAAUGGCAUAUCUCUGGCAUGGGAACUUGGGAGAGCACUUCAUCAAGAUCGUCAUCAUUGAAGGCUUUUCGCUGGAUGGCAAGAACGUCGAUAUUGUCCCAGAUGUGGUCAUUGACGGCACAUUGCGGAACGAUUGA